AUGGGCCCAUGCUUCUUUGUCAACUACUCAACUAUAGAACCUACACCACAUGAAAAACCCCACAACGAAACCACCAUUAUCACACACACACACCACCACCUUUUAACCACCAAACUGAGCUUCAUCACAAGCCCUAUGGGUGAGGAACUUAUUGAAGGAUUGAUGGGGAUAUCAAAUGGAAUCUUAAGUUUUCAAAUGUUUGAUCGACGAUUCAGAGUCGAUAUCUUAGGAUUUAAUAAGGGGAACCAUUUUUCUAGGUUCCAAUGCUUACCUCGUGGGCAAAUAUUGAGGUUCUGGUUUUGGGGUUUCUUCAUUUGUUGUGUAUUAGGGAAGACGAUGAGCAGAAAAAAUAGAGACCAAGGUGCUGAAGGUUUGGUUUAGAAUGUCAUGUAAUCAGAUAAUGUCACGUCAAUGUUGACUUGUGUUGAAAAUGUAUAUGUAGCCACAUGUACCGAUUGUUAGAGGUGAAACGGACUAAAAAAAGCUCUAAACAACCUUAUGCCGCAAUAAAGCAAAAAAAAUGUUUAGGAGCCAUUUAAACCAAAGGUUAAAAGUUCGAUGCACUAUAAUGUAAUUUCCCUGUUAAAAAAUAGCUUUAUCUAGUCCUUAUUUGGUGUUCGGAGAAAGUCUGGUUCAAUCUAUUCGGCCCAUGUUAGUUUUGUUUCAC